UAUGUUGUUAGUAAUGGCCUUCGAAUGCUUUCUCGGACCCAACUCUUCUUCUUUUUCUUCCCCGGUGACCCUACCCAUGGUGGUGACAUUGAAUCUCAGCUUGGUUUCAUUGACAAACUCAACCACCCAUCACCAAAAAAUUGUCUUCUGCUGCCCGUUUCUUCAUUAACAACAAUUAUCGCUUCUAAGGAAAAAAGAAUCGUAGAGCCAAGAAAGAAGCUAUCAGCUCGCUGUUGUAUCCGGUGCCUAGAUUAAAUGAUUCCUGAAGCUAUCGGCUCGCUGUUGCACCACUGCUCCAAAACUAAGGCAUUCCGUUCUGGACUUUCACUUCAUGCUGCCGUUUUCAAGGUUGGUAUUCAGGCCGAUGUCCUCGUUUAUAACCACGUCCUUAACAUGUACGCGAAGUGCGGCCGCAUCAACUUUGCUCGACAGGUGUUUGAUGAAAUGUCUGAAAGAAACCUUGUUUCAUGGUCUGCCAUGAUCUCUGGUUAUGACCAGGCUGGGAUCCCUUUAUCAGCACUUGAUUUGUUUUUCCAAAUGCACCUUGCGCCCAAUGAGUACAUAUUUUCCAGUGCCAUUAGUGCUUGCUCCAGCCUCUUGUUGUUAGGGGAAGGACGGCAAAUUCAUGCUCAAUCAUUCAAGUCCGGGCACACAUCUGUAUCAUUUGUUUCUAACUCCCUUAUCUCAAUGUACAUGAAAUGCGGUCAUUCUAGUGAUGCCUUGUCAGUCUAUUCUGAGGCUUUUGAACCAAAUGGCGUGUCUUAUAAUGCUUUAAUUACAGGAUUCAUAGAAAACCAGCAAGCUGAAAACGGUUUUCAAGUUUUUAAACAUAUGCAUCAAGAAGGCCUUUUGCCGGAUCACUUUACUUUUGUUGGGUUACUCAAGAGUUGUGCCGACUCAAAUGCUUUACACAGAGGAAUGACAUUGCAUUGUCAGAUAAUCAAACACAGGCUUGACUCCACCGCUUUUAUAGGUAAUGUGAUAAUGACAAUGUACUCGAAGUUUAGUUUGGUGGAAGACGUAGAGAAAGCCUUUAAAUUAGUCCAGGAAAAGGAUGUCAUUUCCUGGAACACUUUCAUAGCCGCCUGCUAUCAUUGUGAAAAUCAUGAAAAAAGUUUAAAAGCUUUUGGGGAGAUGUUUAAUGCAUAUCGCAUGAGACCAGAUGAUUUCACUUUUUCUACUGUCCUUUCUGCGGCUGCUGCACUCGCUUCGUUAUCUUUCGGCAAGCGGAUUCAUGCUCAUCUGAUAAGAACAAGGCUGAAUCAAGAUGUGGGAGUUGAUAAUGCUCUCACCAACAUGUAUGCGAAAUGUGGUUCCAUUGCAUAUGCUUAUAAUGUAUUUAACAGGAUGCCCCAUCGUAAUCUUGUGUCGUGGAACACCAUCAUUGUUGCAUUUGGGAACCAUGGGCUUGGAAGCAGAGCCCUGGAGCAUUUUGAGCAGCUGAGGGCGGACGGAUUGGAGCCAGACCGUGUGACAUUUACGGGACUUCUGAUGGCAUGCAAUCAUGCUGGCAUGGUGGAUGAAGGCCUUAUUGUUUUCGAUUGCAUGCAAGAAACCUACGGCAUUGCUCCCGAUAUAGAACACUUUUCGUGUCUUAUCGAUAUGCUGGGACGAGCUGGCCGAUUAUACGAGGCAGAAGAUUACAUGAGGAGAUCUGAAUUCGGGGAAGAUGUGGUGUUGUUAGGGAGCCUGCUAUCUGCGUGCAGGCUGCAUGGAGAUGUGAUGAUGGGGGAACGAUUAGCUAAACAACUUCUGAAACAUGAAGGAGUGAGCACAUCACCCUAUGUUCUAUUGUCAAACUUGUAUGCUUCAGAUGAGAUGUGGGAUGGUGUUGCAGAGGCGAGAAAGAAGAUGAAGGGGAGUGGACUGAAGAAGGAAGCUGGUCAUAGCAUGGUUCAAGUAAAGGGUGGUUUUGAAAAAUUCACAGUUGGUGAUUUCUCUCACUCAAGGAUUGAUGACAUAUUAGAUGCCCUCACAACUUUAGCUCUACAAGAAGACAAAACCAAUUGA